AUGGCGGGGUCGGACGAGGUGAACAGUCGUCCGGUAGAGAACCACGAGAACGCCAGAAUACAGCUGACUGGUGCAGAGUUGCAAGCACUAGUGGACAACGCUGUUACAAGAGCUUUAGAUCGUCAGAACAAUGAGUCUUCUGAGACUCAAAGUAGAACCCUGUCCAUACCACCCUCAAAGUCAAAGACUCAUUCGGAGAGUCACAGCAAGCCACCUUCUGUCCAACCCAAGUCUAAGAAGGAUGAGUCUAAGAAAGACGAUGAUAGACACUCCUCGAACCAUAGCAGUGUUCCACAUAAGAAGAUUGUGUUUGAUGAUGCCCCACUCAGACAGAGAUCGCUGAGAAUUGCGGAUGCCGAGAAAAGAAAACGAGAAGAUGACGGUUCGCGACGCUCAGAGAAGAAGCGCAAGGGAAGCAGCGACCACAAGAAAGGGUCGGGAUUCAAGAAGAAUGAUCAACAGACGGGUGAUAAACCCAAGUGUAAAGUUUGCAAGAAGCACCACUUUGGGAGGUGCAAGCUUGAAUCGAGAUCCCAAUCUCAGCCGAAGGCGUGUGGGAUUUGCAAGUCAUUGGACCACAAGGCACUGGACUGUAAGAAAAUAAAGGAUGCCACGUGCUAUAACUGUAAUGAAAAGGGGCAUCUGAGGACAAACUGCCCAAAGCUUGCAAAGAAGGCUGAUGAGGGAAAGAAGACCAAUGCUAGGAAGCCCAAGAUUGAGGACAUUCCCGUUAUAUCGGAGUACCCUUAA